GACCUUGUGGUAGGAGUUUGCCUAUGUUGCCAGUAUCGUGUCGACAUUCAGUGUGCCCGCGUAUCCCCACGCACCCCACACGUGCAGAUUUAGCUAUAGACACGACAAUGGUGCGCGAGAUGCCAGUCGCUCUCCAAUCGGUGCGACGGGUUGACGCCACACUGCGCAGCUGUCCGAAACGGUAGACAUGCCGAGGUAUCCUGGGUCAGCCGAAGCAAAAGCUCGUUCAAGCUCGCUUUCUUUUAUUGGUAUCCGUCUGGACUUCUUCCAGUUCUGCGAGUCGCUUGUGUACUGUCUUUUGCUUGCGAACGUGCUCGUUGCAAAACAAAUGCUUGUACAGCUUGCGUUUCGACUCAUAGUCUCGCCAGCAGACCACACAUGGCGCCAACUCAUCCCCAUCAUGCAGUUUCUCGUCAAACUGGUGAUCCGGUGGGGCGUCAACAACACCUCGAAUCCGAAGUGCUGUGUCUUCGAGCGCUGGGCUGAACCCGGACUUAUCCUUGGAAUCGAGCCCUCGUUUGGCUUUGGCGGGCUGACGAUGACCCUUCGUCUGCUUGAGAUGCUUCAUGAGCUGCUUUUUGGAGGGAAACGACUGACGACAGAUCAGUCAUGUCGGUGCUGUCUGAACUGUGGCCGGAAACAUCUUUAGACCGAUAGUAGCCAAAUCGUUCUUGACUUGCGCAGCUGUAGGACGAUGAUCUCGCUCAGGACUAAGCAUGUUACUAAUGAGACUGAGAAGUUUCAGAGAGUAGUCUCCCGAGAUAGCCAUGGGUUUCACGUCCUCCAAUAAGGUGGGG